CCGCCGCCAUCAUGCGAGCGCCGCCGGGGCUGUCGCGGCUGCUGCUGGCGGCGCGGGGGUGGGGGCGCCUGGGCGCCAUGUCCCGCUACAGCACGGAACAGCGGGGCCGGCCCAACUCGCCCGACUACCGCCUCUACUUUAAGAAUGCAGAUGGUAAAUACAUUUCCCCAUUCCAUGACAUUCCCUUGUUUGCUGGAUCUAAAGAGGAUAAAGAAAUUCCUGCAAAGAGGUCAAAGACUACUGGAUCUGAGGUCCUGUUUAAUAUGGUUGUAGAAAUGCCUCGUUGGACCAACGCAAAAAUGGAGAUUGCCACAGAGGAGCCAUUGAAUCCCAUUAAACAUGAUACAAAGAAAGGCAAGCUUCGAUAUGUGGCGAAUAUCUUUCCUCACAAGGGUUAUAUAUGGAAUUAUGGUGCCCUCCCACAGACCUGGGAAGAUCCAAACCAUACGGAUAACCUUACAGGAUGUUGUGGGGAUAAUGAUCCUAUUGAUGUUUGUGAAAUAGGUUCAAAGGUUCGUUCUUCUGGUGAGAUUGUUCAGGUGAAGGUCUUGGGUCUUUUAGGUCUUAUUGAUGAAGGAGAGACAGAUUGGAAGAUAAUUGCCAUCAGUGCAGAUGACCCAGAAGCUCAGAAAAUCCAUGAUAUCGAUGAUGUCAAGAAGCACAAACCGGGUUAUCUUGAGGCUACAAUUGACUGGUUCCAAUUAUAUAAAGUCCCUGAUGGUAAACCAGAAAAUCACUUUGCUUUAAAUGGAGAAUUUAAAAACAAGGAUUUUGCUGUUGAAAUUAUUAAAUCUACCCAUGAACACUGGAAAGCUUUGCUUCAUAAAAAAGUUGAUGGAGGUGCUAUAAAGUGCACAAAUAUUCUGGUGACUGGCAGCCCGUUUUGUUGCAGUGAGGAGGAUGCCCGAUCGAUUGUGCAGUCAGCACCAGCAUUUAUGAAUGGAGAUCCUGUUUCACCAGAAGUUGAUUCCUGGUACUUUUUCCCCAAGUGAUCAUCAAGGUCUUCUGAACGUGCAUCAUCAAAUCUUAAAAAUCAUCCCUUUGUUUGAAGAUGGGCAAAAGCACUGAUUGUUGGAUUCCUGCUGAAACAACUUUUCAACUUGUGUAAACCUUCUCUAAUGUAAAUAAACUCUGCCAUUAUUAAA